CAAAUGUGUAGAACAAUGAUGCAGACAAUGAUCCUGAAGCAGAACCUUCUAGUAUUCCAGGAGGAGAGGACCAGGAAGAAGAGCAUGAACCUGUUGAGCAAGAACUCACCAACUGUCUUGCAAUAUACAGAAAACAUUAUCACAUGUCUAUGCCGCCUCAGAAAGAAGGACCACAAGCUGCAGUUGAGAACUAUUGCCCAGAAACUAAUUCCCCUUAAUGAAGGUUCAGCUGAAAUAAAUGGCCGUGGAUUAGUUUUAUCACUGGUGAAGUCACACUUGGGUACUAAUAAUGAAAUACAGUACCUCACUACAGCAUUAUCACCUGCCAGGUUAAAAUCCUAUAUUGAAAGUGAAGGUAUGGCCUUGAAAGUAACCUACUUUGAUGGUUACAGUGAUGCAGGUUGCUGGAAAAAUAUUGCUUCAUGCGUUCACCUUCAGGAACCUUUAGAACAGAUUUUUGCGAUAGGUAGUCCAAAGGAAAGUAGGAAAUCUAUUGUUGUAAUUGACAAGAUAGAUGAUCUUAGUAACCAUCAAGAUUCAUUAGAUUUGAUAAGAAGCCUACAUAGAAUCUCUGCAGAUGAAAAUGUAGAACAGCUGAUAGUAUAUGCUAGUGCAGACUGUGUGCAAGAAAAUUUGAUCUCAUCUGUUUGCCACAUAGCAUCUGCUACCAUUCACCUUCAGCCUGCAGUUCCUUAUAGAUGUAAAAUUGUAUUAAAAAAGCCUUCUGGGAAAGUUUUACAGAGUUGUGAAGAAUUUAAUUUGGGUCCAGACUUGACAGUUCAAGAUAAUAGAACAGUAGCUGUAGAGAAACAACAAGCAGCAGAAACAAAUGAUGCUGAUGCAAUUUUAGCAGUACAGACAACUUUCAAUCUAACAUUGACCGAAGAUCAGCGUAAAUCAAAGAACAUGUUGCUCCUUCCUCAUACCAGGGUUCAAUCGUCAGGAGGCCAAAUUCAUUACACUCCAGAUGAUGUUGAUGACUGGGAUGAAGAGGAUCCAGAUGAUGACUUAGAUAUUUAGUUUAGUCUAAGUCUAUUUUCCCUAAUAAUUUUCUUUUCUGUUGUGAUAUAAAAUGUAAAAUUGUUUUGAUAUAAAAUGUGAAAUCAUUUUGUAUUAUGUAUAAAUUUUGAAUAAAAUAACAAAAUUGAA